UUCCCCACCCUCCGCGCACUCUAAUUACCAUCAUUAUACACCCCGGGAAUCCAGUCACCAUGACAACAGCCAUUGUUUUCCCUUUUGUUUUGGUAUACAAUCCACUAUCCGAGGGUCGUCCACCGUCUGCGCCGCCGUCUACGCUCUUUUACGUAGUUUUACCUUUUCAUUCACUUUGUCGUUAUUGUUUUAAAAAAAAAAAAACGAAAAAAAAUAUAUCAGUUUUGUAGUUUGGAAGCGAUUUUUGUAUUUACGCCGAUCACCGAGGUGGAUCGGGAGAUGAUGUCAUAGAUCAGACGAUUCCGCACGCGGCGAUACCUGAUAUGGUUAUUUUAUUUAUUUAUUUUGUCUGGACAUGCUGGGAGUUGUAGUUCUGCACCAGCGCGUGUGUCGUGGCCUCUUGACUCUUAUUAUGUCUUGAUGUCAGAGGUGAGAAGGUCGGACAAGUGCCCUUCUGCAGAAUACAUGUAAGAGUGUAUGCGAGGACGGCGAGAGACCGCUCUUGGCUGACAGAUGCCACCGAAGAAGAAGUCACCAGGAAAAGCCCCCAAAUCCGCCCUAACUGAGUCCGCUGAGCAGGGCGCAGAGGAGGGGUGUGAGGAGAAGGACAAUGUGGUGAGCGAGAGGCAGGAGCGGCUGCAGGACCAACACGACCAACUGGUGACCGAGCAGGAGGGACUGAGAAGACGACUGGAGCAGCUACGGAGGGAGAACGAGUUCCUUCAAGAAGAGGCUGAGAAGGUCCGUGUAGAGAGCCAGGAGUACAUGUUAUACAUGAGCAAGAGAAGCCAACGACGCCAGGACGUCAUCAUCAGCCUGAACGACCAGAACCAGCGCGAGCUGCACAACAUCCAACGGCAGAAGCAGGAACUGGAGUCCAAAUUCUCUGCGGAAGAACAGAAGCUGAGAGAUCUCCUGCUCCGGAGAGAAGCCGAACUCACCAAACUGAGGAAGGAGCUGGAAGAACUGGAACCCAUGAGAGACCUUCAGAACGAGCAAGUGUCACUCAUCAAACGUCUGGAGGACCAAGUCAUGGCCCACCGGGGGCAGCACGCAGAGGCCCUGCUGAGGGUGAAGAGUGCCUACCUGCGCGAAAAGACUCAACGGCAACACAACUCCGAGCAGCAGCUCAGCCAGAUGACCCAGAAGGCCCAGAAUGAGGCCAAGAAGGCCCUGGAGGAGGUGAGCACCAGGAUCAAGGAGGAAAACCAGGGUCUGAGACAGGAGCUGCUCCACCUCAUCCAGCAAUAUCGACUCCUGCAAGUCCAGAAGAAAAAGCUUGAGGAAAAAAACAAGGAGCUGCGAAGGGAGCAGCAAUGUAGGGAGGAGGUGGGAAGCCUUCAGAGGAAGCUAAAAAUGGCCGCCAUCCUACCGAAUCCAUGAGAAAUGACACAACACAUAGGGGAAGUGAGAAGAGGUCCCAGAUACAACAUGUCCCAUAUAUAAUCAACUCCUCCCAGAUAUGACAUGUCCAGAUAUAACAUGUCCCAGAUAUAAUCUACACCUCGCGGAUAUAACAUGUCCAGAUAUAAUCUAUACCUCCCAGAUAUAAUCAACACCUCCCAGAUAUAACAUGUCCCAGAUAUAAUCUACACCUCCCAGAUAUAACAUGCCCCAGAUAUAAUCUACACCUCUGAUAUAUUAUAUAACAUGUCCAGAUAUAAGUUACACCUCCCAGAUAUAACAUAUCCCAGAUAUAACAUGUCCCAGAUAUAAUCUACACCUCCCAGAUAUAACAUGUCCAGAUAUAACAUGUCCCAGAUAUAAUCUACACCUCGCGGAUAUAACAUGUCCAGAUAUAACAUGUCCCAGAUGUAAUCUACACCUCGCGGAUAUAACAUGUCCAGAUAUAACAUGUCCAGAUAUAAUCUAUACCUCCCAGAUAUAAUCAACACCUCCCAGAUAUAACAUGUCCAGAUAUAACAUGUCCCAGAUAUAAUCUACACCUCGCAGAUAUAACAUGUCCAGAUAUAACAUGUCCAGAUAUAAUCUAUACCUCCCAGAUAUAAUCAACACCUCCCAGAUAUAACAUGUCCCAGAUAUAACAUGUCCAGAUAUAACCUACACCUCCCAGAUAUAUGUCCCAGAUAUAUUCUACACCUCCCAGAUAUAACAUGCCCCAGAUAUAAUAUGUCCAGAUAUAACCUACACCUCCCAGAUAUAUGUCCCAGAUAUAUUCUACACCUCCCAGAUAUAACAAGCCCCAGAUAUAAUAUGUCCCAGAUAUAUUCUACACCUCCCAGAUAUAACAUGCCCCAGAUAUAAUAUGUCCAGAUAUAACCUACACCUCCCAGAUAUAUGUCCCAGAUAUAUUCUACACCUCCCAGAUAUAACAAGCCCCAGAUAUAAUAUGUCCCAGAUAUAUUCUACACCUCCCAGAUAUGACAUGCCCCAGAUAUAACCUACACCUCCCAGAUAUAACGUGUCCCAGAUCUAACCUACACCUCCCAGAUAUAACAUGUCCAGAUAUAACCUACACCUCCCAGAUAUAACAAGUCCCAGAUAUAAUUUACAUCCCCCAGAUAUAACCUACACAUCCCAGAUAUAAUAUGUCCCAGAUAUAACAUAUCCAAUAUAUAUGCUACACCUCCCAGAUAUAACAUCCCCCAGAUAUAAUCUAACACCUUUGAUAUAUAACAUGUCCAGAUAUAAGUUACACCUCCCAGAUAUAACAUGUCCAGAUAUAACCUACACCUCCCAGAUAUAAUAUGUCCCAGAUAUAACAUGUCCCAGAUAUAAUCUACACCUCCCGGAUAUAACAUGUCCAGAUAUAAUCUACAUCUCCCAGAUAUAAAAUGUUCCAGUUAUAAUCUACACCUCCCAGAUAUAACAUGUUCCAGAUAUAAUCUACACCUCCCAGAUAUAACAUGUCCAAUAUAUAUGCUACACCUCCCAGAUAUAACAUGUCCCAGAUAUAAUUUACACCUCCCAGAUACAACAUGUCCAGAUAUAAUCUACACCUCCCAGAUAUAACAUAUCCCAGAUAUAACAUGUCCAGAUAUAACCUACACCUCCCAGAUAUAACAUGUCCCAGAUAUAAUCUACACCUCCCGGAUAUAACAUGUCCAGAUAUAAUCUACAUCUCCCAGAUAUAACAUGUUCCAGUUAUAAUCUACACCUCCCAGAUAUAACAUGUCCAGAUAUAAUCUACAUCUCCCAGAUAUAACAUACCCCAGAUAUAACCUACACCUCCCAGAUAUAACAUGCCCCAGAUAUAACCUACACCUCCCAGAUAUAAUAUGUCCCAGAUAUAACAUGCCCCAGAUAUAACCUACACCUCCCAGAUAUAACAUGCCCCAGAUAUAACCUACACCUCCCAGAUAUAAUAUGUCCCAGAUAUAACAUGUCCCAGAUAUAAUCUACACCUCCCAGAUAUAACAUGCCCCAGAUAUAACCUACACCUCCCAGAUAUAACAUGUUCCAGUUAUAAUCUACACCUCCCAGAUAUAACAUGUCCAGAUAUAAACUACACCUCCUAGAUAUAACGUCCCAGAUAUAACCUACACCUCCUGUAUAUAACAUGUCCCAGAUAUAAUCUACACCUCCUGUAUAUAACAUGUCCCAGAUAUAAUCUACACCUCCUGUAUAUAACAUGUCCCAGAUAUAAUCUACCGACCGGUAUUGCGGUAUAGAGGAAAAUUCAUAUCUUACAGAAAAAACACCCCGGUAUUCGGUAUGAACCGGUAUAUAUCGCCCAGCACUAUGUCAUCUGUACCAUGUGAAGAACUAACACCUUCCUCAGAUUCUAAUCCCCGCUAACGGUAACGUAUACAGUGAAGGGGAAAAGUAUUGCCCCCCCCCCCCCCCCCCGCUGAUUUUGUAGAUUUGCCCCCUGACAAAGAAAUGACCUGUUUAUCAUUUUAAUGGUCAGUUUAUUUGAACAGUGAGAGACAAAGUAACAACAGAAAAUCACAUUUCACAUAAGUAUUUGACCCCCUAUCAAUCACUAAGAUUUCUGGCUCCUAGGUAUCUUUUAUACAGGUGACAAGCUGAGAUUAGGAGCACUCUCUUAAUCGGAGAGUUACUUGUAUAAAAAAAAAACUGUCCAGAGAAGCCAUCAAGGGUCAAUCACUUAUACAAUGAAUAAUACAUUCACCAUACAUAGUAUGACAGUACAAUAAACAGCACAUGUUCCCUAUGCUAUACAUCGUACCACAUGCUACACUAACACUCCUCCAUACAUUAUAUACAUGACAGUACAAUAUACAGCACAGGUUCCCUACUCUAUACAUCGUACCACACUCUACACUAACUCCUCCAUACAUUAUAUACAUGACAGUACAAUAAACAGCACAUGUUCCCUACGCUAUACAUCGUACCACAUGCUACACUAACACUCCUCCAUACAUUAUAUACAUGACAGUACAAUAUACAGCACAGGUUCCCUACACUAUACAUCAUACCACACUCUACACUAACUCCUCCAUACAUUAUAUACAUGACAGUACAAUAUACAGCACAGGUUCCCUACACUAUACAUGGUACCACAUGCUACACUAACACUCCUCCAUACAUUAUAUACAUGACAGUACAAUAAACAGCACAUGUUCCCUAUGCUAUACAUCGUACCACAUGCUACACUAACACUCCUCCAUACAUUAUAUACAUGACAGUACAAUAUACAGCACAGGUUCCCUACUCUAUACAUCGUACCACACUCUACACUAACUCCUCCAUACAUUAUAUACAUGACAGUACAAUAUACAGCACAGGUUCCCUACACUAUACAUGUUACCACACUCUACACUAACUCCUCCAUACAUUAUAUACAUGACAGUACAAUAUACAGCACAGGUUCCCUACGCUAUACAUUGUACCACAUGCUACACUAACACUCCUCCAUACAUUAUAUACAUGACAGUACAAUAUACAGCACAGGUUCCCUACGCUAUACAUUGUACCACACUCUACACUAAUUCCUCCAUACAUUAUAUACAUGACAGUACAAUAUACAGCACAGGUUCCCUACGCUAUACAUUGUACCACAUGCUACACUAACACUCCUCCAUACAUUAUAUACAUGACAGUACAAUAUACAGCACAGGUUCCCUACACUAUACAUGGUACCACACUCUACACUAACUCCUCCAUACAUUAUAUACAUGACAGUACAAUAUACAGCACAGGUUCCCUACACUAUACAUCGUACCACACUCUACACUAAUUCCUCCAUACAUUAUAUACAUGACAGUACAAUAUACAGCACAGGUUCCCUACGCUAUACAUCGUAACACAUGCUACACUAACACUCAUCCAUACAUUAUAUACAUGACAGUACAAUAUACAGCACAGGUUCCCUAAGCUAUACAUACUACCACAUGCUACACUAACACUCCUGCAUACAUUAUAUACAUGACAGUACAAUAUACAGCACAGGUUCCCUACACUAUACAUUGUACCACACUCUACACUAAUUCCUCCAUACAUUAUAUACAUGACAGUACAAUAUACAGCACAGGUUCCCUACGCUAUACAUCGUAACACAUGCUACACUAACACUCCUCCAUACAUUAUAUACAUGACAGUACAAUAUACAGCACAGGUUCCCUACGCUAUACAUACUACCACAUGCUACACUAACACUCCUGCAUACGUUAGAAAUGUUUCCAAAAAAACAGUAUAUACAAUAUCCAACAACAAAGCAUUGACGACCACGAUAGGUGAAAAGGGUUGGGAAAACAGGAUUUAGGGAGGGGAAAUCACAGGCCCAAAGCUUUAUUGAAAGAUAAAACACACAAGGGAGAGGGAGAAGGAGACAGGUGUUAAUCCUCGACAUCCGGACUGUCCCUGUUGGAAUAUGUCCUCAGCAGCCUGCGGCAGUCCAGGGCGAACAUCCUCUCUGAGUUGAUAAUAAGGCGUUUUCUGGAGAACCACAAAGCAUCCUUAUAUGUCUUAGGCUACUCCUGGGAACAGAGUCUCUAAGUUCAUAUUCCAGAGUAUUUAGGGCCUUUGCAAACGGGCACUGCCAAAAGUGGUGCAAAGUUGUUUCCUCUGUGAAAGGACACUUUGGGCAGGACCUGGUGUUGCGGCAUGCACGAAAGUUCUCAGGGGCAGGGCCUUCUGAAGGGUCAUCCAUGCCAAGUCCUUGUACCCAUUGGUAAGCCCACUGGAAGCCAUGGAGUUCCAAACUGUCUUAGCUGUGGCUUCAGAAAGCACCAGAAUAGUAAUACCCUUUGUUCGGAUGGGCUUGUUGACAGUCUUUGGUUUCCAAUAAGUCAGAAACUGAGCCCCCAAAGAGCUAUCCAAGGAUAUCAGGGACAAGAUGGUGACCUACACAAGGCCGGCAUUGGCUACAAGACCAUCGCCAAGCAGCUUGUUGAGAAGUUUACUAUCUUUACAUAGGUUUUUAUAAAUCCCAGAGAGCAGAGAAUGUGAUUAUUCAGUAGGUUUCACACAACCGGACAGGCACGUGGUCUUCACCCCACAUUCAUUAUAUAGCAGCGUACAUGGAUAUUCGGAGGAGAACAAUACUGAUUAUGCUUUAUCACCCACCCUGAAGGGACCCAUCAUCUAGCAAUAUGUUCGCUCAUUCUACAUGUCCACACACUUUGAUGUUUUGUCUGCAGACCCUAUGUGUUGUCCAUUAUCCCCUCCCCCAUCUCCAUUGUAACCCCGACAUUCAUGAAAUUAUAAUAAAGGUUCUUCUUGG